CAUUUAAAUUCAGUUCUAUAGAACAGUAAGUUGGACUACUGACUCUCCUGAGAUGUGAAGCAUUUUCCUGUUCACCUGUUCCAAGUCACAUCUGAGCUUACCUGGUCUGGAAAAGUAGAGAGAAUAAAACUCCCCCACCCAAGCAAGUGACUUAUAAGUCUUACUCCUGAAACCUCCUGCAUACAUAGCUGAUACGCCACCUACUGCAAAACGGAGCUGACAGCUCAUGCGAGGUUGCCAGCAUUUCCAUUCCAUCACCGAGCUGGAGCUGAAUAAAGGCGUGUUUGUGUGGUGGUGGUGCUUUUUAAAAAGCUCUCUCCAAGCCAGGGACAAGAAGCUGCAGUGAUUUUGAAAAUGGAACGUAAAAUAAACAGGAGAGAAAAAGAAAAAGACUAUGAGGGGAAACACAACAGCCCUGAAGGUACUGAUCAAGGAAAGAGCUGCAAAACGCUGACGACUCUCAAUGUUGGUGGAUAUUUGUAUAUUACUCAAAAACAAACACUGACCAAGUAUCCAGAUACUUUCCUUGAAGGUAUAGUCAAUGGAAAAAUCCUUUGCCCCCUUGAUGCUGAUGGUCACUACUUCAUAGACAGGGAUGGACUCCUUUUCCGACAUGUUCUGAACUUCUUACGGAAUGGAGAACUUCUACUACCAGAAGGAUUUCGAGAAAAUCAACUCCUGGCCCAGGAGGCAGAAUUCUUUCAGCUUAAAGGGCUGGCUGAAGAAGUGAAAUCAAGGUGGGAGAAAGAACAGCUAACAUCCAGAGAGACUACUUUCUUGGAAAUCACUGAUAACCACGAUCGCUCACAAGGUUUGAGAAUCUUUUGUAAUGCUCCUGAUUUUAUAACAAAAAUUAAAUCUCGCAUUGUACUGGUGUCCAAGAGCCGGCUAGAUGGAUUUCCAGAGGAGUUUUCAAUAUCUUCAAAUAUUAUUCAAUUUAAAUACUUCAUAAAGUCUGAAAAUGGCACACGACUUGUGCUAAAGGAAGACAAUACCUUUGUCUGCACCCUGGAAACUCUUAAGUUUGAGGCUAUUAUGAUGGCUUUAAAAUGUGGCUUUAGACUGCUGACCAGUCUUGAUUGUUCCAAAGGGUCAAUUGUUCACAGCGAUGCACUUCAUUUUAUCAAGUAAUUAUUUCUGUCAGUAGACAAAGGCAACAAGCAUGAAGCCAGUAAACCUUGUUAAAAUACAGCAUCCAGACAUCACAAAUAACAUGCCUAACUAGCUCUGUACCACAGAGCUCUGCUGCUAAUGAAUUACUGUGAGCUAAUGGUAUGUAAAUUCUAUCUAUGACAUCCAUCUCUGGGCUAUUCAUACUGGACAAAUCCUGCAACUGAAACAAAAACAAACUUAUCUUCUAAAUACUGUAAAUAAAUAUAGAAUGUUUUUGAUAUUUGUUAUUUUUUUUUCUCCUUCAGGUGGUUUUCUAUUACAAUCGCAAUAUAAAAUGUCUUGGGCAUUUGCACGAUAAACAUGCAUGUACAUUACUGUACUUUUAUGAUGAUAAAAAUAUUUUAACAGAAUACAAGAUUUUUAAAAUUGUCUGCUUACAGAAAAAAAAAUUACAAAGCAGCUGAAUUGGAAAAUGUAAGCACUCAGCACAAAACAGACUUGCAGAUCAACUAAAACAGAUUUUUAGAGCAACAAAUGAGACUGCAAGAGGGUAUUAAAAGAUAUUGAUUUAAAUUUUAACAGCAGGCAACAAAGAACAUUUCACAGAUUCUUAUGAAACAAAACUGGAAUUACAGCUGAACUGAUAAUAUGCUGAAAAUUCCUAGAAUAUUGUAUUUGAUAACAAUAAAAAAAUAAAAACAAA